GUUUAUUUUUUGUUUUUGCCUUAUUUUUAAAGAAUUUUCGGUAUAUUGUUGGAAAAUCAAAUUAAAUUUAUAAAAUAUUAAAAUAAUUUAAGAAAAAUGUCUUCAGUGUUAAUAGUAGAUGUGAAGAAAAUAUGUCGUGUUUGUUUGGGCAGUGAAUUGGAAAUGGUAUCUUUGUUUCAAACACAGCAAAGUCCUACAAUUGCUGAAAUGUUAAGUGAACUAAUAAUUUACAAGAUUCAACACUUUAAUGAAUUGCCACAUUUGAUAUGUUCCGAAUGUGUAAAUUUAGUUGUUAGUGCUUAUAAAUUAAAAGAAAAAUGUGAAAAAUCCGAGAGAACUUUAUUAGCCUUGCUUGAUAAUCCACUUAAAGGUAUAUGUUUAAAUAAAAAUACCCAAGAAAAAGGAACUCAAACACAAAUAGAAGAAAAGCUUUUGUAUCCUUGUCAGUAUUGUGAUGAAAAGUUCAUAAAUUUAGAUGGUCUGGAGCUUCAUGCUGAAAACAUACAUACAAAUAGUUCAAACACUUGUCGCUGUUGUUCACGUUCCUUUAAAAGCAUAUCAGACUUAAAAAAUCAUUUAACUGUAUUUCAUCCUGAAAUAGAUUGCAAAAAUUAUAACGAAUGUCAUAUUUGUAAACGUCAAUUUACACGGGCGGCCCAUUUAAUAAGACAUAUACAAAGUAAACAUAAAUUUUUCAAAGUUGAAAUUGAAUCAUUGGAUGAACAGGAAGUUUCAGUCAUAUCUCUAGAAGAGGAAACAAAUAACAAAGAGGAAAGUACUAAUGAAAGUAGAGACAAAUGUGAAACAUUAAAAUUAGUUAAAGUGGACGAUGUUGAACAUUUUACAGAUGAUGAAAAUGAAAUGCCCUUAAAGUUGUUAUUGGAAUCUUCAAAUACUUCCGAAAUAAUAGAAGAUGUUUUUAAUACAUCUUUAGAUGAAAUUGCUGAAAUUUCAUUGGAUUCACAAAAUUCUAUUAAUACAGAAGAAACAAAUGUUGCAAAAAAUAAUUUACCGCCAGCUAAACGUAACAGAGGUAGACCAAAAAUCCAUCUAAAACUGAAGUUUUAGCGGUUCCAGGCAAUACUUUAGAAGAGGGUGUGUCCUAUAACAAUUUGUCUAAAAAUUCUACCGGUACUAUACAAGAAACUAAACGUGGCCCUGGCAGACCAUCAAGAAAAGUUGUAAAUUGCAAAUAUUGUUCGGAAUACUUUAAAAGUGCUAAAAUGUUACAUCAACAUAUUGC